AUGGAUCGGAGAGCCUACGGGGACAGGGCGCCAGCACCAAACAGGAAUGAUAAGCUAUACGCAACCUUCCUCGGGGGGACGACACUUCUGGACAUCUGGAGGGCCCAACACCCAGCAGACCAAGACUUCACCUACUACUCCCACACGCACCGGUCAUACUCGCGCAUAGACAGCUUCUUAAUCUCCCAAGCACUCCACCCCUGGACGAUCCGCUCGUCCAUCGGCAACAUCACGUGGAUGGACCAUGCGGAAAUCACACUGGACCUCAGGAUCCCGCGGCUCUCCCGUCCAUGGCGUUGGCGCCUCAACCCAUGGAUCCUCCGAGACAAAGGAACGGUACACGCUAUAACCGACCACCUCAAAACCUAUUUCGACAUAAAUGCCACGGAGGACAUGGCCCCGGCGACGGUGUGGGCAGCUCACAAAGUGACCAUCCGAGGCCAACUGAUCGCAAUCGCCACAGCCCAGAAGAAACGCCGUCUCCAAGACCUCAUGGAAGCGCUAGCUGACCUAACGAAACUGGAAAAGCUACACAAGCAGAACCCCUCAGACGACCUACUCAAGCAGCUCGCCACCACACGAGAACAUCUUCGGCGACUCUCCACGGCGGAUGUAGCGUGGAACCUCAUGUGGACUAAACAACGCUGUUACGAAAAAGGGAACAAGGCGGACUCCCUCCUGGCACACUGCCUUAAAAAACGACAGGACAACAAGAGAAUUACCAAGAUCAAAACCAGCAGAGGGGAGAUCACGAACAACCCGGACAUAAUAGCCCAGGAAUUCCUACAAUAUUAUACAAACCUCUACAACCACUCUGACCCACCACCGCCAACAGGCGACACGUCCCAAAAGGACAGAAUCUCCUCCUUCCUACAAUCACUUAAUCUGCCCACGUUACCCGCACAGGCACAAGCACGGCUUGAGUCACCCAUAGAGGGCGAAGAACUUGCACUAGUGCUCAAAACGCUAAAACCAAUGAAGAGUCCAGGACCCGACGGUUUUACCGCCCUCUACUACAAAACGUUCCAGGCGACACUCCUACCGCACCUGUGCAAAACUUUCAACUCCAUACUCCAGGGACAACUUCUCCCCCCGGACAUGCUCGCAGCCGACAUAUGCCUCCUGCCUAAACCAGGCAAGGACCACCUGGAACCAGGCCACUAUCGGCCCAUUUCACUUCUGAAUACGGAUUUGAAAAUCCUCACAAAAGCACUGGCCAACCGCCUCAAUGACUACCUCCCCCAGCUGAUCCACCCAGACCAGGUCGGGUUCAUCCCAAAACGACAGGCAUCGGAUAAUACACGGAGAGCCUUUAACACAAUAUGGUAUACCCAACACCGGACCAUUCCGGCAGUAAUGCUUUCGCUGGAUGCCGAGAAGGCAUUCGACCGCCUUCUCUGGCCAUACAUUUUCAACAUCCUAUCCCACCUGGAAUUCCCGACUGGAUUUCUGAAUGCUUUGGCGGCAAUUUACAACCGUCCUACGGGCAGACUGCUCCUACCCAACAUCGAAGCCCAAACCUUUACCAUCACGAAUGGAACUAGACAGGGCUGCCCCCUGUCCCCCCUAAUAUUUGCAAUCUCGCUAGAACCACUCCUGCAGGCCAUACACAAUCACCCAGAGAUCAGAGGCAUCCGCAUCAGACGGGAAGAGUACGCGGUGGCGGCGUAUGCGGACGACGACCUCCUAACCUUAGCGGACCCGCUCCCAUCCUUACACGCCACUUUGGAGGUGAUAUCCGAGUACUCCAACUUCUCAGGGUACAAACUCAAUCUGACAAAGUCCAUCCUCAUGCCCGUGGCAAUGAACGCACAACAACUCCACAUCUUGCGGCACUCGUUUCCAUUCAAAGUCACCACGACACACCUCACCUACUUGGGCACCAGAUUGCCCCAAAAAUUGGAUGACACGUACGACCUCAACUACAAACCAUUGCUGACAACAGCUCACCAGGACCUCCAGCGCUGGGACAAGUUAGGGAUCUCGUGGCUGGGUAGAGUUACAACCGUCAAGAUGAACUUGCUGCCACGCUUCCUAUAUCUUUUUCAAACGUUACCCAUCCCCAUACGGAAAAAAGAUUUCUGUGAUCUCCAGGCCGCCAUUGACAAAUUCAUAUGUAAGGGUAAAAAACCACGCAUCCGCAGGGCAACUAUGUACGUCCCCAAGACCAGCGGAGGCCUGGGACUACCCAACUUCCAGCAAUACUACAACGCAGCCCAACUGGCCCACAUACAACAAUGGCACGCCCCACCGAGUGCCAAACGAUGGGUAGACCUGGAACACGACAUCAUGGGAUGGGACCAGCCAUCGUCCUACAUGUGGGUGCCUCCGGCACAUCGGCCCCUCCCUCCAACCACCUCACCGGCGAUCACCCACACGCUGGCUCUAUGGGACAAACUCAAUCCCAAAUACCAACUAUCCUCCUUCAUAUCUCCGGUGACGCCUAUCUACCGAAAUAA